GAUGGAUAAAAUAAAAAUGAAGAAAUAAAUGGGUGAAAUUGGGCGAGAAGAAAGGGGGGGUUGGUUUGCCUUCAGUAUAAUAUUGGGGAGAAACAAGCAUUUUCCGAGGCAUUCAACGAUUUUGUCAAAAAGGGUCAAAAGAGAGCAUUUUUAGGAUUUACAUAUAUAGAGAGAGUAGAUGUUGAGGUUGUGGAAAUGGUACCAAAAUUGUUUGUCCGUGCAUCCUGUGAAGACGCAGGUAAUCAGCUCCGGUCUCAUUUGGGGUCUCGGCGACGUAUCUGCUCAAGCCGUCACUCAUUACACUGCCAAAACACAACGACAUCAUCAUCGCCCUGAUAAAAAUAAAGAAUUUGCAAUCAACUGGAGACGAGUUGCCACAACGAGCUUGUUCGGCUUUGCAUUUGUUGGACCCAUUGGCCACUUCUGGUAUGAAGGGUUGGAUCGCUUCAUAAGAUUGCGACUUCAAAUGCAACCUAAAUCCCUGCGGUUUGUUGCUACAAAAGUAGCACUUGAUGGUAUAAUCUUUGGGCCCCUGGAUUUACUCGUCUUUUUCACAUAUAUGGGCUACUCCACUGGCAAAGAUACUGCUCAAGUUGUGGAAGGUGUGAAGAGAGACUUUCUUCCAGCGUUAAUACUAGAGGGAGGUAUAUGGCCUAUUGUCCAGGUGGCCAACUUCCGCUAUAUACCAGUUAGGUAUCAGCUCCUUUACGUCAACUUCUUCUGCUUGUUGGAUAGCUCCUUCCUUUCAUGGAUUGAGCAGCAGGAAGAUGCUGCGUGGAAGCAAUGGUUGAAAAGCAUUGUUCGCUUAAAGGAACAAAAGGAGCAAGGUUGAUGAUUCCUUAUUUCACUAGGGAUAUGCAUUCGCUUUGGGAAUCCCUUUUCGCUUUCAUAAUUGGGCAUAGCGAUAUUAGGUAUAGAGAUACGUUGAAGACAUGCAAGGUGUUAACAGAAAUCUCGGAGAGUUUCAUCUUGGAAAUUGGUAGUUGGAUUCAGUCACACUCUUUAUCAAUUGAAGCUUAACAAAGCUAUUAUGGACCAAUCUUCAUCCACUAGUUGAAUAAGCUUGUGGGACUUUUUAUGCUGUCAAAGUUCGGAUACUAUUGUUUGGUCCUGUAUUAUGAGUUAACGACAAGGCUAUACAUUUUGAUUGAUACUGUUUCCAUUAGUUUUCCUCUUCCCCAAUUUGACAACUGGGGUUAAUUUUGAGAAGACAAUUGAAUUGUGAUGAAGUAUUUCCUUUUUAUUGAGAAAUCGAAUUUGAUUGCUCGAGCA